GCGCGCAUGCUUGAAGGAAGCGGAAGCCCGGAUUUCCGGCUAGCGCGUGAAAGUGCGGGUUCCGGGCUUCCGGGUGGGCGUGCAGGGCGGCCGAGCACUUAGUGGCCCGCGGGGCGGCCCGAGGACAGGGCCAUGGAGAAGCUGCGGCGCGUCCUGAGCGGGGAGGACGACGAGGAGCAAGGCCUGACGUCGCAGGUCCUGGAUGCCUCAUCCCUUAGCUUCAACACCAGAUUGAAGUGGUUCAUCAUAUGCUUUGUUGCUGGCAUUUUCUUUUCAAUCCUUGGAACUGGUUUGCUGUGGCUUCCCAAUGGCAUAAAACUCUUUGUGGUAUUUUAUACCCUUGGCAACCUUGCUGCGCUGGCCAGUACAUGCUUCUUAAUGGGACCCGUGAAGCAGCUGAAGAAAAUGUUUGAAACGACAAGACUGCUUGCCACAAUUAUUAUGCUUCUCUGCUUCGUGUUUACCCUGUGCGCUGCUCUGUGGUGGCGGAAGAAGGGGCUGGCCUUACUCUUCUGCAUAUUGCAGUUCCUGUCGAUGACCUGGUACAGUCUGUCCUACAUCCCAUAUGCAAGGUCAAGGCUCUGCCAUGGCACAGCUGCUGGAGAAUGACCACGUGCCCCACAAGUGAAGGCUCCUGGAUUGGAGAGCCUCGGGCAGCACGAAGAAGACAUUUCACAUUUUAUUAGUGGGUUUUUUGGUCAGUAAGUCUUCUUUUUUUAAAUUUUAAGCGCAUUGUGUAAUGGUUCGGGCACUGAGAGAAGAAAAUGUGAAAGCUGAAGUUUAUCACAUUAUUUUGGGGAUGCUUAGAAUGCAACGAUAAACAUUCUACCUUAAAAAUCAGACUCACUGUCUACUUUCUGGAUUCUGGAGCAAGCGGCUUUGUUCACACUUCCCCCACUGCGAUGGCCCGCCACUGUCUGACCAGACCCAAACCUGGGAGGGUCUAGAACAAAGACUAAAAUAGCCAGAUUCCACAUAGGAGAGAGCACAGUGAAUGAAGAUCUUAACACCGUAAAACACUGUAAAAACACCCCAGCCAGCAGCGACCGAGGGGAGGAGAGGGCUUAUUUGACUUAUACUCCUGGGUCACAGCCCAUCAUAAGAGAAAUCAGGGCAGGAACUCAAGCAGGAACUUGAAGCAGAAACCAUGGAGGAUCAUGAUUACUGGCUUACUUGGGGACUUAGGCUUAGCCAGCUUUCUUACAAGGCUCAGGACCACUCCCCAGGGACUGGAACUGCCCACAGUGGGCUGAGCCCUCCUCCACCAAUUAACAAUCAAAGCAGGCCCACAGAAUUGCUCGCAGGCCAGUCUGAUCGGAGCAGCCCCUCAGUUGAGAGUCCCUGGUGGUUCCAGAGUGUGCUAGGUUGACAGUUCAGCCUGUUUUCCAGCAAGCAGCAGGAUUCUUCCGUUCUUCUCCAUGGCUGGAGAGACGGCUCAGGGGUGUUUGCUGUUCCCCCAGAGGACCAAAUCAUCCAUGGUCAGGUGGCUCAUAACUGACUGUAGCUCCAGAGCCGAGGGAUCUGUUUUUCUUUUCUGGACUUUGCAGCCAACCCACACUCAUGACGAACUACGCAGAAAAAUAAAUCUUAAACAAACAAACAAAACAAAACAACAACAAAAACCUUCCACUGUUUAUAUACAUACACCACAUUUUCUUCGUUCACACCCACUGUUGGACAUGUCUAGGCUGAUUAUAUGCUAGUAAAAAUUCCUGUGAUAAAUACCUUUGCAAAAAUCAGCCAAAAUACUUUAAAAGCACUUGCAAGUAUUUAAGUGAUUCCCAGCAAAGUUUUGGUUCCUUGGGAAUGUGCACAUUCACUGCAUUUUCUCUUUUCCCUCGGCUAGUGUGUGGAGGCCCUGCACACUGCUCCUGGCUAGUGUGUGGAGGGCUCUGCACACUGCUCCUGGCUAGUGUGUGGAGGCUCUGCACACUGCUCCUGGCUAGUGUGUGGAGGCCCUGCACACUGCUCCUGGCUAGUGUGUGGAGGCUCUGCUGGUCCCCGCACACUGCUCCUGGCUAGUGUGUGGAGGCUCUGCUGGUCCCCGCACACUGCUCCUGGCUAGUGUGUGGAGGCUCUGCUGGUCCCCGCACACUGCUCCUGGCUAGUGUGUGGAGGCUCUGCUGGUCCCCGCACACUGCUCCUGGCUAGUGUGUGGAGGCUCUGCUGGUCCCCGCACACUGCUCCUGGCUAGUGUGUGGAGGCUCUGCUGGUCCCCGCACACUGCUCCUGGCUAGUGUGUGGAGGCUCUGCUGGUCCCCGCACACUGCUCCUGGCUAGUGUGUGGAGGCUCUGCUGGUCUUGCACACUGCUCCUGGCUAGUGUGUGGAGGCUCUGCUGAUCUUGCACACUGCUCCUGGCUAGUGUGUGGAGGCUCUGCUGGUCCCCGCACACUGCUCCUGGCUAGUGUGUGGAGGCUCUGCUGGUCUUGCACACUGCUCCUGGCUAGUGUGUGGAGGCUCUGCUGAUCUUGCACACUGCUCCUGGCUAGUGUGUGGAGGCCCUGCUGGUCCCCGCACACUGCUCCUGGCUAGUGUGUGGAGGCUCUGCUGGUCCCCGCACACUGCUCCUGGCUAGUGUGUGGAGGCUCUGCUGGUCCCCGCACACUGCUCCUGGCUAGUGUGUGGAGGCCCUGCUGGUCCCCGCACACUGCUCCUGGCUAGUGUGUGGAGGCUCUGCUGGUCCCCGCACACUGCUCCUGGCUAGUGUGUGGAGGCUCUGCUGGUCCCCGCACACUGCUCCUGGCUAGUGUGUGGAGGCUCUGCUGGUCCCCGCACACUGCUCCUGGCUAGUGUGUGGAGGCCCUGCACACUGCUCCUGGCUAGUGUGUGGAGGCUCUGCUGGUCCCCGCACACUGCUCCUGGCUAGUGUGUGGAGGCUCUGCUGGUCCCCGCACACUGCUCCUGGCUAGUGUGUGGAGGCUCUGCUGG